GCAGCAGAGAAGUUGGAGCACAUCCUGCUCUCAGGCUAGAUAACACUCGCACUUCCCACUACUGAAUGAGAAGGUGGGAAAUCAAGUGGUGAGAAGACAAAUAGGACACCACAGCAGACUCUGGGCAUUUUCCACAUUUUCAAUUUCUGGGCACAUCUCUUAAUGGGACAAAUGUGGACUCAUAAGGAGAAGCCAAGCAGGGCAUGGCUUUAAGCAGACUUCUGCUGCUCUGUAUGAUAGCCUCUGAAGUGUGGGACAGUGAGACCAAGUCCACAGAGUUUGUGUGCAGUAGAGCAGCCAGAAAGGCUUUGAAUAUUGUGCCUGAGAUGUCCAGUGCACUGGUUCAGCUACCCUGCACCGAGCUUCACGCAGCAUCUUGGGAACACAAAUCGGAGCGGGAGAAGAGAGGAGAGAUAGUUGCAUCUUUGAGGCUUCUUGUCGAGGGUGUGAAGUCUGAAAGGAGCCUCAGACCGGCAGGAUGUGGCGCUUUGCUGCUGCAGAGACUGGAGAACAACAUCAACAACUACCUGCUCAUCCUCACCCGCCUUCAGCUGAGCGGGCCAGUGGUGACUCCAUCAUUGUCUUGUGUUCCUCGAAGCACUCAGAGUCUGAGAACAGUCCUGAUGAGUUACAACCUGCUGAUCUCAGCCAAGCUGGAGUGGUUCAUGAUUGGCCUGGCGCACAGGUGCACCAAUUCCCAGUGACACGGAAGCAGCUUUUCACUACUGCAGCCGGGGGUCGCUAACGAAGGAGGCCCAUCAAAGCAAAACCUGGAUUGAUCUACAUUUUUUUCCCUCACCUUUUCUCAGAAGUCACUGUUAUGGAUGUUCUGUUUUCCGUAGCCAGAAGAGAGUGAAUACUUCACUAUCUGUCGGUCAUUAAGAGAAAGCAAAGCCAGGGUAAUAUGAAUAUAAGAAAAAUGAAUGUAUGAUAUUGAGGCGUUUUAUGUUUGUUUGUUUUAGUUUUAUCUUUGUAUCAUUCUUCAGGACAGUGGAGAUGCUUUAAAUAUGACUGUAAGCCUGUAGAUCCUACAACAGGCUAAAAUCUGCCAUGUAGCGUUUUUAUAUUGCCUUCAGACAACAUCUGUAUUAUCUAAAUCCUGUUUCCAGAUGUUUUUCAGCUUGAUGAUGUAAACAGAAUGAGACUUAUUCCAACAUUUUUUGUUGCUCUUCAGUCCUGCUAAUACUGCAAUAUCUUUAUAGUAGAAGUUUGUUUUUCUCUUUGCACUUUUAAAUCUUAUCUUGUUUACACUUUAAAUAAGAGCAUUGCUAAAGAAGUAUGCUAUUAUUAUUAUUAGCAUUAUUAUUAUUAAUAUGAUUAUUAUUUCCUUUUCCAGUACAGGAAAUCUCUGUGUUCUUGGAAAUUUCUCGAUAGAAUUCAUAUAUUUUGCAUUUAAAGAUACAUUAUUCAAAAUAAUUGUGAUGCAGGACUUUUAUAAUAUAGACGAAAGACAUUAAA